AUGUGUCGAUUUCUAGUCUACAAGGGCUCCAAGCCGAUCAUUCUUUCCAAACUCAUCACAGAACCAUCACACAGCAUUCUCACCCAGUCAUAUGACAGUCGUCUACGUCUUGACAGUCGACGUCCUGUCAAUGGCGAUGGCUUUGGUGUAGGUUGGUAUACUGAGGCCGAACUCGGUCCAGAUCCAUGCAUCUUCACCUCAACCCUCCCGGCAUGGAACUGUGUCAAUUUGGAACGCAUUGCCCCCAAGACGGCCUCGCAUCUGGUCUUCGCUCAUGUGCGAGCUACAACUGAAGGAUCUCUCGCAGAGAACAACUGCCAUCCUUUCCAGCACAAUACUCUCAUGUGGAUGCACAACGGCAACAUUGGGGCGUGGAAAUAUGUCAAACGUCCUCUCGCAGACUCAUUGGGUGACAAAUGGUUCCUCGAAGUCAAAGGAGGCACUGAUUCAGAAUGGGCAUUUGCCUUGUUUCUGGACACACUGGAAAAGGAAGGUGUGGACCCGUCCUCCGAACCAGCCGAUGGCUUCGAGACCAAAAUCCUCCGACGUGCCAUGAAGAAAACCAUUGCCAAGAUAAACGCCUUCGUCAAAGCCGUACCUGCCGAGCAUCAGCUGCGCGAUGUUGAAACUCGCAGCCUCCUCAAUUUCGCAGUCACAGAUGGCCACUCGGUCAUUGUCACCCGCUACGUCAGCAGCAAGACCGACGCUGCAGCCAGCCUCUAUUAUUCCUCCGGCACCGCCUGGGUCGAAGGCAAGACCAAAGGACAGUUCAAGAUGGAACGACGAGACAAGGCUUCGGACGUGGUCUUGGUCGCCAGCGAACCACUGACUUUCGAGCGUCAUAAUUGGCUGUCCGUCCCUACCAACACCAUCGUUACCAUCUGUAAGCAGACGGUGUUUGUGCGGCCCAUCAAAGACGAAUUUUACGUUGCCGACCCUUCGACGGAGCGGUCUACAGGAUUUGCUCGUUCAAAGGGCCUGGUGUCCAAAGCACCCGGUGGUGGUGCAUUGACCCCAUCUUCUGCCGCUGCUACGCCCGCACAAACUCCGCUGCCGCAACCUGAGUUGGAAAGUAAUGGUACAGGAUAUUUGGGACAGGCAGCGCCGGGGGACUUGAAUCACCAGUUGUCGACUCUACAUUUGCAUCAAGUCGCCGUGCCGAAUGGUAGUCAGCCAGUGGUGGCUUGA